AUGGUGACCACUUCUGAGGCUCAGAAUAAAACAUCUACCUGCAAUUUUAGAAAGGUUUCAAAACCGUUGAUGGAAAAGAAGAGAAGGGCAAGAAUUAAUGUCUCUCUGGAGCAACUCAAAACCCUCCUGGAAAAUAACUACUCACAGAAUAUUCGCAAACGCAAGCUGGAAAAAGCAGAUAUUCUGGAACUGACUGUGAAAUAUUUGAAAACCCUUCAGAACUCUGUACAAGGUGUUCCUCUGUUUAAGAGUGCUGAGUAUCAGGCUGGAUUCACAAAUUGCCUUUACAGUGUCAGCCAGUUUCUGAUGAAGUCUGAGGACGCUGGCCACACUGUAUCCCUCGAUUUGGCGCGGAUUUUGCCUACAGCUAAAAUGCCCUCCUUCAGUACCAUGGACAGCAAUCUCAAGUCAGCUCAACAGCGCACAGUCUGUUCUGCCAACCAGAAACAGCAAUCUACCCACUCCCCAAAACCCAGCAUAUUACCCAAAGUCUCCACAUUAACUGCAGCCCCUCUUGGCUGCCAAUCAAACUCUAUCCCAAAUUCUGCACUUUCAGCACAGCAGUGUGAGGCUUUAUUACAUAUAACCAGCAGCACUGAUCAGAACAUCUGGAGACCCUGGUAA